AUGUUUGUACAACCCCUAUACCCGAUUUCGAGUACUUAUGAUAUGCCUCAUCCAAAAGCAAAGUCUGCUCAAUCGAUCCGAGAUAACGAGAAGGUUCAGAAGAGAGUCAAGUUUAAUGGUGAGAAGCUCGAUUAUGUCUCAAACUAUAUUGACAAGUAUUUCGGUGCUCAUGUCACUAUUGCUAUCCUCACGAGCUUAGCUAAAAUUGUAAUGGGAAAGCAUAAGGUCAAACUUGAUAGAUUGGCCCGCCGAAAUAGAGCUGCAUUGCUAUGCUGGUAUGCGGAAAACUGGGAUAUCAUUCAUCCAAUCCUGAAGGAGAACGAUUUCAAGAAGAAAAUCAAAAUAAAAAUGCAUUCAUAUCCAAAUCAUAUUGAUCGCAGUAACAAUGAGAUCCCAAAAGAAAGCUGUGAUUAUUACUAUGUCGAUCCGACUGAUCUCACAGUAUUGCUCAACUAUCAUUAA